AUUCCGCUCCAGGAGCCUCCCGCGGGCGCGGUGAGCACGGCGCGCGCGCGCUCGGCGCCGCUGCAGCUGCUCGCCGCGCCGGCCGCCCGGAGAGCUGCGGGCCAGCUGUACUGGGACCACGGAGACACCCUGAACAGCUACGAAGAGAAGCAAUACAGCCACAUAGAAUUCUUCCUCACCUACACCGAACUGAAGAGCGAAGUCCACUGGUGGGGCUACGGCGUGCCCCCCGUCAACAAGGUCACUCUACUUGGCCAAGAGUUACCCGUACAGACCGUCUCGAUAAACAACGCGCCGUGCGUCAACCCUUGCCAGUUCACAUACAACUCGAAGAAUAAGGUAUUGGAGAUAUUCAAUAUGACGCUAGCUUUGGAUAAGCCGUUCAGUAUUAAAUGGACUUUUAAGUUGAUGUUCACGCCGUUUGUCAAUAGGGUGGAGAAAGUUAGGAAUGAUACGUUAGUUUGAAUGAAAAAUAUUUGUCAUGAGUUUUGUGGAUCAGCUAUCUAUGAAAGAUACAGAUUAGCGCAUGCUAUAAACAACUCUGCAUGUUUUUAAUAAAGUUCAAAAUCGACUAAGAAUAUUACCAACUGUCGCUCGUCAAAAAGUUACUCUAGCUCCCUGUAGAGGCGCGUGUGGAAAACGACUUUACGCGUUUUUGAUAAAGUCGAAAAUCGAAUGAGAAUCUGCCAGUGUGGUGUUCGUCAACAAGGUCACUCUACUUGGCCAAGAGUAACCCGUUCAGAUGAUCCGGUUUGAGGGGAAUAAAUAAUAUGUGGGUAGAAGUCACUUUUAAAUGUUUAGCGCGUUUUAAAUACGACUAUAUACGUUAGUUGAUAAAGUUCAAAAUCAAAUGAAAAUCGUGGAAAUGCGAUAUAUCGUCGGGUGACAAGCAAAAGUCACUAACUAACACCAUUGAAAUUAUUGGACAAUAAACCGUGUUACAAGUGUAAUAAAGUGCAUUGUUACUUUAAUUUUUUGAAAGUACUUAGUGACUUUUGCUUGUCACCCGACGAUAUUUUCCUCUUAGGUGUUGUGGGUUGCCAUAAAUGUCUACCAAAGGAACACAUACUGAAAAGGAUUGUGUAGUUAUAUAUAGGGUUCAAAAUCAAAUAUGAAUGGUGGUGUUAAAUCAAAGAUAUCUCGAAGUUGUAAGUUUAAAACUGAAUUUAGAUUUUUUGUUUAUCUCAUAAUUGACGUAGAUGAAAGGUUCAAUAGUGCAUUUUAUGCAUUUCGUAAGUUAAACGUCAAUAUUGUAAAAUUAAAAAAAUAUUAUGUAUUUCUUACGAGUCCCUUGUAUGUAGGAUACAUUUUAAAGUCAAAUGUGACGUUCCACGGCAAAAGGUACCUUAUGGCUGCUGGCGCUUACGUCGCAUAGCGCCGCAAUAAUAUUGGAGCGGGGUUAAUAAUAGCGUAAGCGCCAACCGCCAUAAAGUACCUUUACCCGUGGGACGUCACAAAUUUAUAAGGUCAUAAGCAAUGUUUUAGAAAUUAUUCAUAGAAAAUUACCUUAAUAAUAUAGAAAAUAAAAGGUAAACUAGUUUGUCAAAAUAACACACUUUGGUUGCAAUAAAUGGCUAUGUGCACGACAGUGGCGCCGCUAAGUGUCAGCUACACAUAUAAAGCGCUUAUUCCCACUAUUACAUAUAAUGGUCUAAAGUUCUAAACUCCUUAACCUUUUGGCCGCCGGACCUAGUCCGCAAAGACGCUCACUCACACGCCAGAGUAAAUUUUAAGUAAACAACUAAUAAAAAGUUUAGGGAUUGCAAAUUGUGAUAUCGAUAUUUACAAUUUAUGGUAAAAAUCUUCUCAAUUUGGCUUUGUUCUUAACCAACUUUAAUUUAUUUCGAGAAUGCCAAAAAUUAACAUAUUUUUUACACACGACAAUGUUAAAAAUAAAGGUCUUUAUCAUUAAAAACAACCACUAAACAAUAUCGAUUCAUGACGUAAUAUCACCGCACUAGGCUCUACGAGAAGUCUUGUAUACAUGACAACGGCGCGUAUGGACUGCCCGCAGUGCAGACCGACAAGGACCGUUUCCGCGCGGAUUAAGUAAUAAUAGUCUCUAGGUCAACGGCGUAAGCGCUUGUCGGUACGUAAACUUUAUAAGCGUUAGGUUAGAGCCGCGCAUGGUGUGUCGAUAAUAUAAAUGUACCGGAACUGCAUUGGGGAAAAUGACACGUGGGUUGAAUUGUCAAUGAGUGAAGAACAAUAAUAUUGGAAAAGGGUGGGGAUCAGAAAUGUUCGGGAAUGCAUGUUUCACAUUCGACAUGUUCCUUAGAAGAGCUUGUCAGUUCCCGUAUUACACCCUCCCUACCAUAAUAUUUUUUCGUCAAUUUCAAAUACAUAGGUAACAUUCUCAUGGUUAGGCGACACUGACUAGUCCGGGCGUCCGCCUGUAGGUACCAUUCUUGUGCGAAGCGGUCACUGCAGGGUAUCACUCCCCACUAUACUGCAAAACGUAAUUCAAGACCAAAAAAAGUACGACAAUGUUGCCAUUGCAAUAAUUUGUUUGUAAAAUAGUAAAUUCCUUUUGAUAAAUAAUCACGCUCAGAUAAUUUAUUCCUUAGUAAUUUUACUCCUACUAUUUAAUAAAGUACUUUUAUUUAUUUAUUUGUACAUAAAUACAAGACGCGCUAGUAAAAAGUGGCAACAUUUCUUACUUUUUUUGGUCUUGAGUUACGUUUUGCAGUAUACACUAUCAUCUCAAAAUGAAUCAUUUGUUCUGCAAAUAGACCACAAGGACAGAUUUACUUGUCUGACUCUACUAUGGACAGCUGAACAAUUUCCCUGAACUCCGGAGUUAUGCCUGUCUCUCUCUCGUUUAACGUAUUCUAGUUACUAGUUAUCACCAAUUGGCAUUUAACAGAUGUUCAAAUGCUUAAAUAAAACCAGAUUGGCCACUUGAUAUUUAAUUUGAAUAUUCUCUAGAGAUGCACCGGAUAUUCGGUUACUAUCCGGUAUCCGGCCUAUCCAGCCAGUAUUUUAAUAUCCGGCCGGAUACCGGAUAGUACCAUUGCUUGAUUUCGGAGUAAACAAAUUGGAUUUAAGAAACAGUCACGGUCAUAAUCGUACUUGAUUAUUAUUUUAAAACAAUUUAGAGAUUCCACUGACUUCGAACUCAUUUCGAACCUAGAAAUGUGUCCGCGCGAACGUUCACUUAGAAACAGGUCAAAACUGCAGAAUGCGCACCUGAAAAACCGAAAUGUAGGUGCAGCUCCGCUGGCCGAAUAUUCGGCGGCCGGAUACCAGAUAUUCGGCCGAUGGUCAGGCCGAAUAUCCGGUAUCCGGCCAAACAACAAAUCCGUUGCACCUCUUAUAUUCUCAUAUCGAGUUAACAUUCCCAUCCCUAGCUGUCUUGUAUACAAGACAACGGCGACGAGGAACAUGAAAAACGUUGAAAACUGGAGCAAUUUUUUUGAUUGCCUUAUUAUAAAAGAAUGGAUUUAUUUAUCUGCUUUGAAUGCAAUUAUUUUAAAAAUCAAAGACCUAAAACAUUAACACGAGUGUAAAAAAUACUACAAUUGAUGUUUUUUCACAUUUACCGAGCGGUUGAAUUUGUGUCUUGUAUACAAGACAGCGGCGCCAAUGUAUCGUUCUAUCGUUGUCUUGUAUACAUGCCAACGGCGGUCAAAGGGUUAAAGUAUUCAAAACCCUAUUGCUCUAAAAACCCCCAGAGGUAUCUGUGAAAUUACUAAUGAGCCUUGUUUUUAUAUCCCAGAUUUGAAAAUGAUAUUCGGAUUGCCCCAAUAUAUAUACAAACUGCCAUUUUAGUCCAUGUGGGCCUACCGCGUAAAUCGAAAUUUCGUUAUAUACCUCUAUCACUAGAAUAUGCAUGAUUUUCGCGGUAGGUUCUAUGGUAUAUAAAAAAAACAUAGCUUAAUAUAUAUGUGCUCAGUGAAAAGUGUAUCGAAUGGCCAUCCUAUAUAGUUAUAAAAAUAUAUUGUAAGUAACCUAUUACAGUUUAAGUGAUGUGCAAGUGUUAAAGAGUAUCACAAUGCCCUGUUCGUUUUAUCGGUUUAUAUAAAUAACUAGUAAGUUUUGAAUUGAAAACAAAAAUCCGGUGCUUGUCAUAAUAUGUUUAAUUAAUAUUCGCCGUAAGAUUCAAGUGUGUAUAUGUACAUAUACAAUCAUUUGCUAAAAUAUUUUCGACAACAGAGCGCCCAAUAUCUGAAAUGAUCUAAACCUCCAAGGGCCGGUACCAUACAAAUUGCAGUUGGGUUGCAGUCCAUCUGUAUCGGCCCUAAGGCUCACCGCCAAUGAAAUUUAAUGUUCAAUUGGAACGGAGUUGCAUUUAUUUUAUUUCGUUCCAUAAAAAAAAUUGUUGAACUUUUUUCUUGUUUGGUUAAACAUAUUUUGCGAUGGUUCUCAGUCAAAAGGAAUGUUAUAUAUCUAGUCAUAAGAUAAUUAGGAGUAGAUAAUAAAAUUACUUUACACGUCUUUUUUAUACUUACGUGUUAAUACUAACAAGAGUUAGGGCUGAUUUAGACGGCGCGCGAACUCGCAUGCGAUUUUAGUUGCGGAUCCGCAACUGUUGGUUACGUCCGUUACGUAAUAUCAUUUGAUAUUUACCAGUCGCUUUUCGGUGAAGGAAAACAUCGUGAGGAAACCGGACUAAUCCCAAUAAGGGCUAGUUUACCCUCUGGGUUGGAAGGUUAGAUGGCAGUCGCUUUCGUAAAAACUAGUGCCUAAUACGUCAAAUCAUGGGAUUAGUUGUCAAGCGGACCCCAGGCUCUCAUGAGCCGUGGCGAAAUGCCGGGAUAACGCGAGGAAGAAGAACUGUUGGUUACGUCCAAUUCAACCGCGGUCGGUUGGAUCGGUAUCCAAACCCGCAAUGUAAUAAAUAAAACUCGCAUGCGAGUUCUCGCAUCGUCUAAAUGAGCCCUUAUAGAUUGCCACUACCAAGUAUUUUGAAUUGUAUAGGAUUAUAAGAUCGAAACAUAAAACAGCUGUAAAGCCCAAAGCACACCGGCGUCACCGGCUGCGUGUCUGUAUACGUGCACAUGCGUGAGCGCUAAAAUGUUGGAGCCCUGCACAUACACAUCACACAAGCGGUGUGUUAAACGUAUCUGCCGGCCUAGCCAAGGUUACAAUCGCUAUCGCUUCGACAACGAAAAGCAUUAUGUCUCUCUAUCACUCUUCCAUAUUAGGGUGACAGUGACAGUUGCGUUUCGAUCGCUACGAAGCGUAAGCGAUUGGCGUCUUGGCUACGCGGCCUGUACCUAUAUUAAAAGUUAAAACUCGCACGUGCUCAUGCAAAGUGUGCACAGACCUUAAAGGAGAAUCCAGUUGAUUAAAUGUAGUUCUUAUCUCGUUCCAGUAAGGUAGGAAUUACAUUGAUAGAGCUCAUUCACUUCAUAGACUAAUCUUUCAAGCCACUUACGUGUUAUUAGAAUUUCAACCUUAGCACUUUGAUUCAAGGUUCGUUAGCGACUAAAAUAUUUCAUUAUUACAUAACCUACCCAAUUCAUAAUAUAGAUAUCGCACAAAAAGGCCACGCACAAAAUACGUCGUGUAUUAUCGUGAAAAAACAAGAAAGUUAUAAUAAUAUAAUAUAGUAGCAUGUAGCCUAUUAGCUUUGGGGCUAUUCAUAAAUUACGUCAUUUCAAAUUAGGGGGGGGGGGGUCUGGACACCGGAUGACGGUAGCAUGAAGUAGGAGGAAAUGGGGUCAUUUGAAGCAUGAUUUUUGGAUGAUUAUAGGGGGGGGGGGGUCAAUUAAAUAUCGUCAAAAAUCGAUGACGUAAUUUAUGGACAGCCCCUUUGUUUUAUGUUUAUGUACAAGUAAUAGAUCUAAAUUACAUAUACCACGGUUAGGGUGACUGUUCCACCGCUGACAAAACAUACUACAUAAUACGUAGGUUUGGACGUACGUUCAACACGAAAUAGUUGAACGCUACUCACCUCUUUUAGUCGGCGGUCGGACAGGUGCCUAAAUCCACAAUAUUACCUACCAAUUAUAUUAUUACUAUUAAGUUACCUAUCCAUCCCACAAUUCUAACACAGUGAUUUAAAGUUUUUAUGUCACCUACCUACCUGUAUAUACUUGAAGGAGGUCAGCGGGACAGGUGCCCUAUGAGAUAAUUGCGUUUACCUAAAAUACAAGUAACCUACCUAUGUUAUGUAUAAGUAUUGUAAGUACCUAAACGGUCUUCGAUAGGAAAUGUGCGGUCGCUAACUAAUCCAAUCGUUCAAAUUACCUAUUAAACCUUUAGAUGUAAUUUUGAGUAUUUCUUAUUUUAAUUUUAGGAAAAUAUCUACAACUAGUACAAUAAUCAACAUAUCUCGUACAAUCGUGUUUUGUGAUAUCGAAACAGCCAUGCUAAAGUUUUGCGGCCACGCUACACUAGCGUCUCCCGAGCGUCGUCUAGUCAACUCUAUGGCUGCUGUACGGUUACCAUCAGUUUGUCACUGACAUAAACGCCGUCGAGAACGUAAUUUACUUUCUAUACAUCUCGC